ACCAACAGCAGUGCAAACGUCUGCUCCAAGGACUUGAAGUUAGGAUUUUUUGGGGGGGUUUUCUGUUCUAGUACUGAUUGUAUAUAAUGCUGACUGCAUGAGGCUUCUAUAAACCCCCCAAAGAGGCUUGACAUUGAGUAUUUUUAAGACAGCUGGACCUCUGGAAUCCGUCUCUUUGCUGCUUGUCGUCAUCAUCAUCCAGACAUGGGGUUGUGGAUUAUUUUCCCCAUCUGUCUUUCCCUGGUGUCCUUCAUUGGAACGUGGAGUGUAUACGGGCUAGCCUUCUCCAACAAUCAUGUGUGCGCCCUCACUGACUGGGGUAACGGCAACUACUGCAGGGCUAAUCAUACUGAUGCUGGAUGCUGCUGGGUUCCUACAAUAAGCUCAAGUGGAACAUAUCCGCCAGAAAAUUCACUUUUUACAGCCACAAUCAACGCCGGAUCCUUCAUGUUCUUCCUGUUCUGCAUAUUCCACCAUGCCCAUAUAAUGGAGAGGCACUCAAGUCAGUCCAUGCUGAGUAAAUUUGCACUGGUCUUCGGUGUGAUUGCAGCCAUGGGGGCAUUCGCAGCCGGAAACUGCAACCCGGUUCACGUGUCACUCCUCCACUACCUCGGGGCUGCCAUCAGUUUCAUGUGCGCGUGCUUCUACACGGCCAUUCUCACCGUGCUGACAGGGAAGUGCGCCCUCUCUGGAUAUGAAAAGGUUCUCUACCCACUGCGAAUCAUCUCCACUGUGAUUCAAGUAAUUGUGACCGUCAUCUAUACUGUCUUGUUCGCUCAGAGCGAGUACUUCUACAUCCAUCUGUCUGCUGUCUUUGAGUGGAUGCUGAGUAUGAACCUGGAGCUGUUUGAGCUCAGCUACGCCGUGGAAUUUUUCUUCUUCUCGUCCUAUAUGCUCUCGAAUCUGUUGAACAAACAAGAUGAGGUAAAGCCUUUGAUUAUGACGAUGUCCUGAUAUAAGGCUGCCAGGAUCCAGCUGAACAAUGCAGAAAGUGAGGAUGCUGCAAGAAGGACAUCUGUUACUACAGUGGCUGGAUCGUGGCUGAAGGACCAAUAGUGUUUUGUUUUUUCCUUUUCUUGGAUGGAUUGGAUUGGAUGGUCUUCUUUACUAAUUUUUUUCCAUAUUUAUUGAACCAAACGAACAAACAUACCAGCUGGAUUGUAUCUCACGCAGAUGCCCCAUCUACAGAACAUUUUUGUUGUGCAAUCAUUUUUGUAAUGAAAAAUUUGUAAAAAAAAAAACAAAAAAACAAAAUAAAAGAACCCCCUCACAGAUCAAGUUUUGUGUUAGGUAACAGCUCUUCCAUAACCCUUUGGGAUGUAUUACUUUCACACAAGGAAGUCAUGCCACCGUGCUGAUAAACAUAUCUGCGUUUGGAGCUAAAAGGGUGGAGGAC